CAGUAGGUGGCGGUAAUGCACGAAAUCGAUGGGAAUCGCCAAAAAAGGAAGAAGAAGAAGGAUAAGAAGAAGAAGAAGAAGAAGAGAGGGGAGAAGAACACACUAGUGAGCAAUUUCUGUUCUGUCGGUGAGCGUGUGUCGUUCACAGUCAUGCUGCCCUCCAGUGUCUUCAGACGGCUCUGCACCAGCACUCAGCGGCCCAUCCUUCUGCUCUUCACCAAGGACCCAUGUCCUCUGUGUGAUGAAGCGAAGGCAGCCCUCGAGCCGUAUGCACACCGGGUCCAGCUGCAGGAGGUGGACAUCACUCUCCCAGAGAACAGAGUCUGGUUCGACAGGUACAGAUAUCACAUCCCCGUCUUUCAUUUAAAUGGACAGUUUCUGAUGAUGCACCGUGUGAACUCCACACUCCUGGAAAAGCGUCUGGAUGAAGCCACUGCAACUGGACAAUGAUAUCAGGAGAUGUUAUGCAGUUCAUUGUAAAUAAAGCGUUUGUACCUUUCUGAUUUUAAAAAGCCUUUGGGUGCCACCCUUUGGAUAGCUGUAUCCUGGUAAGGCUGGAUAUCCCGGCUGCCACAUCAUCAAGAUUGAGUUUGUCUGUGGGGAGUUGAUUGAAUGGUUGUGGUUUGCUAUUGGCUGAUCUCAUGUGAGUGACAGGUUAUUUGCCCCACCCUCAUCAUCAGAGAAGAGAUGCUGCAAGAGGAAGUUAUUCUGACUCGAUUACAGAGCACAUGAAUUAAAAAAAAAGCAUGGAUAAAUCAUUUAUAAGAAACAAUCACCAUGAAAUCAAAUGUUACAAUUCUUUUUUUUUUUGAAUAUUGCUUAAGUUGAGAGGUUUGGAUAAAAGGGGUUUAAGUGAAAAAUACAACGUAAACUUUU